AUGAGGCAUCCGAUUGAUUCACUGGGAUGGGAAAUGAUAAACAGAAGGUGGCCACAUUUUGCAUUAGAUCAUCGAAAUAUUAGAUUGGGUCUUGCCACCGAUGGAUUCAAUCCUUUCAAAGAUCUUAGCUCUAAAUAUAGUUGUUGGCCAGUUAUUUUAACUAUAUACAACUUGCCUCCCUUAUCAUGCAUGUUGAAGGAAAAUUUGAUGUUGAGUUUAUUAAUCCCGGGACCAAAGCAACCAGGUAAUGACAUAGGUGUUUAUUUGUUACCACUUAUAGAUGAUUUAAUAUUGUUAUGGAGUGAUGGGAUUGAGAUGUAUGAUGCAGUUGCGAAGUCUACAUUUAACUUAAAAGCUAUUUUGAUAUGGACAAUACAUGACUUUCCUGCGUACGGAAAUGUAUCUGGAUGGCCCGUCAAAGGAAAAAUUGCAUGUCCUAUGUGUCGUGAACAUACAUGUUCAGUAUGGCCAAAGAUAAAAACUGGUGAAGAAGAUUCCUAUGAAGUUGAUCAAAUUACAAAUGAUUGGGGCAAAAGUGGUAAGCGAAAGAGAAAGAAGAACAUGACUCAAUCCAAUGUAACGUGGAAGAAAAAGUCAAUAUUUUUCAGGUUACCAUAUUGGAAGACUUUACUUAUAUGGCAUAAUUUUGAUGUGAUGCACGUGGAAAAGAAUAUUUGUGAGAGCAUCAUUAGUACACUUUUGAAUGUGAAAGAAAAAUCGAAAGAUGGUAUUAACUGUCGUAAGGACUUGGAAGCUAUGAACAUUAGGCAUGAUCUACAUCCUGAGAGUAGAGGAAAUAAAGUUUACUUACCUACAGCUCCUCACACUUUAUCAAAAACAGAAAAACAAAUAUUUUGCAAAAGGCUUGCUAUACCGGAUGGUUAUGGUUCUAAUAUUGGAAAUUGCAUUUCAGUGGAAGAAUAUAAGAUAGUUGGACUCAAGUCUCAUGACUAUAGGAAUAAGGUUGAAAUUUUAGAAGAGGAUGUUGCUGAAACUUUGUGCAUGUCGGAAAGGUAUAUGAAAGUGUUGAAAGGGUACGUUAUGAAUCGUGUAAGACCUGAAGGGUGCAUAGCUGAACGAUAUAUUGUUGAAGAAAAUGCAAUGAUGCAUAUGGGUGAACUCAGGAGUUCUGACAAACGACUUGGAAGAAAUGAGAAUUUGUUGCAUAAGAAAUAUAUUGACACGUUUGCCACCUGGUUGCACAAUAAGAUUACGGGUCAAUUGUUGCUGGACAAUGUUUCAAAUACUUUAAAGUGGCUUGCACGUAGCCCUAGAUGUCAAUCCAUGUCACAUUCCAGUUUUGUAAUAAAUGGAUUUCGAUUUCACACUAAAGAUGCUGAAAACUCUCGCCAAAACAUUGGCAUUUUAGUUGAAGCAACAACCAUCUGUAGAUCUAGUGCAAAAGAUAAUGCACGUGUUGUUGGAAAAGUUUUUUAUUAUGGAGUUUUACGCGAUAUUAUAUUGCUUGACUAUAAUACAUUUUAUAUUCCAAUAUUCAAGUGUGACUCGGCAAAUAUUGUUAAAGUAAUAAAGAAAGAAGAUGGAUUCACUUUGGUUAACCUUCACGAGGGACACGGACAAUUUGAAAAUGAUGCUUUCAUUUUGGCAUCACAGGCGAAACAAGUUUUUUAUUCUAGGGAGAAUGAAACAUCUAAUUGGUAUGUUGUUUUGCAAGCAUCACCUAGAGACUUUCACGCGUUACAUAUGGAAGAAGAUACUUCUUAUGAGGCAACUAUUCCAUUGGAUGUAACACAAAUUGAAGACAAUCAUGAGGAGGAUGAGAAUUUUGCAAGGAUAGAUGUUGAAGAUUCGUACUCACUCAAUUGGCUUUUUGGAACUAGGUGA